CUGUCGUAGUAGGUCUUCCAUAAAAGAUUAGGUUUUGAUAACAACGUAUUGAGUUUUAACCAUGGAUCAGCAAGGAGUAGUGGGAUUAUUUUUAGCACUGUUUAUUGGAGUUGCGUAUGUUUUCGAGAUGAGGUUGGAUAAAGUAUAUCAGGAAGGAAUCAAACGAGACAAAGAGUUGUCAAUCAUUAAAAUAAGAAAUAAGGAUUUAGAAGCGAAAGUACAAUUGCUGAAAGAUGAAGGUGACCUGGAAGGAAUCAUACUGUUACUCGUUAAAAGAAGAAAUGAGGAUUUAGAAGCGAAAAUACACAUGCUGGAAGGAAAUGUAGGAGACAUCACCUCUUUACAAACACCGACUGAUAACGAACAGAAUUACUACAAGGGAGAAGAUAUUCCUAAUGCAUUAAAUGAAGCUUGCAAGAAUGUGAAGUUAGAAACGUGUGAAUAUCUUAUCCAAAUAUACCCCGAACUUCUACUCAGUGUAGAUAAUGAUGGAGGGAAUACUGCUUUAUACGCCGCUCACAGAGGAAACGUUAAAAUUCUACAACUACUGGCAGAUAAUAAAGUAGACGUUAAACAUAAAGACAAUAACGGCUGGAACAUUCUUCACACGGCAUGUAGAAACUCUCACUUAGAAAUGAGUCGUUAUAUCAUCCAAACAUACCCUGACCUUCUACACAGUGUAGAUAAUGAUGAAUGGAAUGCUGCUCUACACGCUGCUCGGGGAGGAAACGUUAACAUUUUAAAACUACUGGCAGAUAAUGAAGUAGACGUCAAACAUAAAAGUAAAACUGGAUGGAACAUACUAAGCGUGGCAGGUAUAUAUGCUAACUUCGAAAUGAGUCGUUAUAUCAUCCAAACAUACCCUGACCUUCUACACAGUGCAGAUAAUGAUGGAUGGAAUGCUGCUCUACACGCCGCUAGAGGAGGAAACGUUAAAAUCCUACAACUACUGGCAGAUAAUGAAGUAGACGUCAAACAUAUAAAUAAAUACAGCUGGAACAUUCUUCACGUGGCAUGUAGGCAGUCUAACGUAGAGAUGAGUCGUUAUAUCAUCCAAACAUACCCCGACCUUCUACACACCGUCAAUAAUGCUGGAUGGAAUGCUGCUCUACACACCGCUCGUGGAGGAAACGUUAAAAUCCUUCAAAUACUGGCGGAUAAUGAAGUAGACGUCAAACAUAAAGAUAAUGACGGCUGGAACAUUCUUCACGUGGCAUUUCUCAAAUCUAAUUUAAAAAUGAGUUGUUAUAUUAUCCAAACAUACCCCGACCUUUUUCACAGUGUAGAUAAUGAUGGAUGGAAUGCUGCUCUACACGCCGCUAGAGGAGGAAAUGUCAGAAUUCUACAACUACUGGCAUAUAAUAAAGUAGACGUUAAACAUAUAAAUAAAUACAGCUGGAACAUUCUUCACGUGGCAUGCAGACACUCUAAUUUAAAAAUGAGUCGUUAUAUCAUCCAAAGAUACCCUGACCUUCUACACAGUGUAGAUAAUGAUGGAUGGAAUACUGCUCUACACGCCGCUAGAGGAGGAAACGUUAAAAUUCUACAACUACUGGUAGAUAAAAAAGUAGACGUCAAACAUAAAAACAAAUACGGCCGGAACAUUCUUCACGUAGUCUGUAAACACUCUAACUUAGAAAUGAGUCGUUAUAUCAUCCAAAAAUAUCCUGAUCUUCUCCACAGUAAAGAUUAUAAUGGGCAGAAUGCUGCAUUCUUCGCCGUUCAAGGAGGGAACGCUAAAAUUUUACAACUGCUGACCGAUAAUGGAGUGAAAACAUAAACAAAAAACUAACACAAGUUUUAUUUUAUUGAGUGUGUAUACUGUUAGAAUCCAUGUAUGUAGAAACGUAAUAGCUAUUUGAUGAGGAACGUACAAUUGUGCUCUAAUGGAAUGAAGUGUUAUGGAAGUACACGUGGUAUAUAGCGCGUCAUGUGACGGUGUACAUCGCUCCGUUUGGGGUGAAUUAACAGUUGGGUCCAGUUCUUUCGUUCGUAUUUUAAUUAUACGAUGUUGUUUAUAUUUGAAUAAACAUAUCACAAUGCUUCAA